UGGAAUGUUAAUAAGUUCUGUGUUGGAUUUGAGAUGGUGUACAGCCUGAACGACCACCAUUUCGUCACGUGGGAACAUACUCGUGUCAUGCUAAUGUUUCUGCGGUGUCUCCAGUUUUCCUACUCUUCCGGCCUUAUCCAGCGGGCCGGCGGC